UCUAGGCUGGGACAGCAGCCGGGCCGAGCGGGCAGGCAACAACAUGGGGUCGCGCAGGGUCCCUGGGUUGGGCGUAGGUGAACGAGCAGGGGCUGACAGUGAGGACGAUGGGCCUGUGUGGACCCCCGGCCCAGCCAGCCGCAGCUAUCUGCUCAGUGUGCGUCCUGAGACCAGCUUACCAAGCAGCCGGUUGUCUCACCCCAGCUCUGGAAGGAGCACCUUCUGCUCCAUCAUUGCACAGCUCACAGAGGAGACACAGCCGCUGUUCGAGACCACGCUCAAGUCCCGGGCUGUGUCCGAGGACAGUGACGUCAGGUUCACUUGCAUUGUCACAGGGUACCCAGAGCCAGAGGUGACCUGGUACAAGGAUGACACCGAACUGGACCGCUACUGUGGCUUGCCCAAGUAUGAGAUCACUCACCAGGGCAACCGCCACACCCUGCAGCUGUACAGGUGUCGAGAAGAAGAUGCUGCCAUCUACCAGGCCUCUGCCCGGAACACCAAGGGCAUUGUGUCCUGCUCGGGGGUCCUGGAGGUAGGGACCAUGACCGAGUACAAGAUCCACCAACGCUGGUUCGCCAAGCUGAAGCGCAAGGCUGCGGCCAAGAUGCGGGAGUUGGAGCAGAGCUGGCGGCAUGGAAAGGAGGCGCCUGGGGAGGCCGAGGCGCUGCGCAAGCUCAGCCCUGACCGCUUCCAGCGCAAGCGACGCCUGAGCGGACCCGGGGUACCUGUCCCCUCGGCCCCAUUCCCACCCAAGGAGGCUAAAGAUGAGGCCCCGGAAGCUUGGCAGGAGGGUGACACAGAGUCUGCUCAGCACCCCGGUUUGGGCCUGAUCAACAGCUUUGCUCCCAGUGAGGCGCCCACCAACGGGGAGCCUGCACCAGAGAAUGGCGAAGAUGUGGAACACAGCUUGCUGACCUACAUCUGUGAGGCCAUGGAACGGGGGCCCUCAAAAGCCCCCCAGAAGGAGUCUGGGGCCAAAAAGAAAAGGAAAGACGAGGAAGCCAAGCCAGGGCUAAAAACACCAGAGUUGGAGAAGGCAGCCCGAACUCACCACUCUGCAGAAAACUGUGUUUCUUCAGACCAGCCUGAUUCUGGUGGGACACAGGGGCCCGUGGGCCCAGAGCAGGUUCAGGCCCAGCGCAGAGGCCGGGCAGCCCAGGGGUCUGUGUCCCCUGGGACCAAUAGUGUCAAGAAGCCAGCCUCUACUGUGGGCACUCAAGACAAGGCUCGUGAUGGCCCUGCCCAGGUUCCAGCUGCUGUCCCAACCCCAGGCCCAGGCCAGGAAGGGUAUUUCUCCCUGAAGGACAUAUAUAUGGAGAGCGCCCUGGUGGCCAGGCCUCAGGGACAGGGGAAGUCUCUGCCCCCUAGUGUCAGGGCACCUGCAGAGCAUCCUCCUGGGAAGGUGCCCAUCAGGUCCAGAGGUGCUGAGAUGCCCACUGAUCCUGGUCAGCACACCCCCUCCUCGGAGCCUCAGCCUGCUCGGCCUUUUAACAGGAAGAGAUUUGCCCCUCCGAAGCCCAAAGGGGAGCCCCAUGCUGAUAGUCAGCUUCCCUCUUCCUUGAAUGGAGCCUUGGAUCAUAGUACCCAGAGCUCUGGACAAGUCUCGCCUCAAGCCUCUGCCCAGGUACCCACACCUCCUGCCCGCCGGAAGCACAGUUCGAGGGACAGCCCUGUGCAGGGGCGAGCCAGCCACAGGCCCCCACCAGAGCAGCCCCAGGCAGCCGAGGCUCUGCCCAUACCUGCCAGCAGCAGCUCUGGAGGCCAAGGUGUUGUUGAGCCCAUGGAUACUGAAACCCAGGAGGACAGGAGGACGUUCACUGAUGACCAGAGAACCAGAGGCAGGAAGAGUUCACAGAUGCAGGUGGCAGGGAGGACAGAGGGAGAGGGGGAACGGAUGAUGCAGAGGACACAGAUGGAUGUUGUGACACAGGAAAGUGAGAGGCUGAAGUCAGACAGGAGUUUACAGAAGGAUAUGCUGAUGCAGAGAAGAGAGGAAACCCAGGCAGAAAGGAUACCGGAGGAUGACAAGACCCAGGAAGACAAGAGGAUGCAGGAAGGAAGGGGGACAGAGCCAGAGGGCUGUGUCCCACUGGCCACAGAAGGUCACCCAGGGCUGCAAUCUGAAACCCACCUCAGCUCAUCGCCCAGAGCUGCAGAGCACCAGCCAGCAGAGGGCCCCAGGUCUGCUGAAAUUGCUCAAUGUUCAGUACAGACCCCAGAAGCAUCUGCUGCCCCAGAGAAACCUGGUUUCACGCUCAGAUCCGAGGAGCCAACAAUAAGCACCUCCAGGAGCCAGGAAGACACUGUCCUGGGUCCCCUGCCUGUAAGCCUCAUGUGCCCAGCACAGCUGCCCCCAGAGGAAAUCCCAGGGCCCGGGGGAGGAGAGGGGCAUGUGGAGCCGGAGGAGUCAGGCCCAGCCAAGGCCAAGCAGGAAGAACAGCCGAGAGUCGUGCCAUAUGUGGCCCUAGGUGGCUGUCCCCCCGCUGGCCCAAGCCUGGAGGUGUCCCCUCAACCAUGUCUUCCUGAGCCUGGCCUAGCCAAUAGCCCACAGGAGGGGCUGCUGAGCACCUCGGCCCAUCAGCUCGCAGUCACAGCUGGGGACCAGGCUGGGCUCAGUUCUGUCCCCAUCCUGCAUCCAGGGCCAGAGCCCCCCAUGCAGAGUCCCCUGCCAGAAAUUGUGGCCACCAACAGCGAGGGGGCCUGUGCCAAGGAGCCUGUUGUGGAGGAGCGGCCUCCAGCUACCCGGAGCUGUGACCCGGGCCUCAUUGAUUCCCUGAAAAACUACCUGCUUCUGCUACUGAAGCUCUCCAGCACAGAAACCAGUGGGGCAGUGACCGAGUCUCCGGCAGGGGCUGCAGCAGUGGGUACGACACCAUCCCCAGCCCUGGUGCCCACUGUGGAAGUGGCAGGGCUGAGUCCUCGGACAUCACGGCGCAUUCUGGAGCGUGUGGAGAACAACCACUUGGUGCAGAGCGCACAAACCCUGUUGCUGAGCCCUUGCACCUCGAGGCGGCUCACUGGCCUCCUGGACCAAGAGGUGCAGGCUGGUCGCCAGGCUCUGGCCGUUGCCCAGGCUGCCCGGGGCCCCGGGCCCAGCCCUCUUGCAGUUCCUGCCAUCGUGGUGGGGGAGGGCCCCCAGGUGGCCUCAGGGGAGUCCCUUGGGGGGUCUGGCCUCCGGGCAUCAGAGAGGAGGGCCCCUAAGCCCUACCAAGAGGAGGCAGUCCCAGAGGAGACUCUGCCGGGGCUCCCUGCAGCUACCCCUGAGGAACUAGCUCUGGGGGCACGUAGGAAGAGAUUUGUCCCUAAGGUCAGAGCAGCAGGAGAUGGGGAGGUGUCCAAGUCUGAGGAGAGGGAAAGCCCCUCAGUGUCUCCCAGGGGCCCCAGGAAGAACCUGGCUCCAGGGUCCCCUGGAACCCCAGGGCGGGAGAAGCGUUCUCCUACCCAGGGCAGAAAGGCCACACUGGAGGUGCCCCGGGCAGAGCAGGAGCCAGCAGAAGGAGAGCUGGGCCCCAAGGCUGGAGGUCCUGACGCAGAGUCUGCCUUGGAUGAAGACACACAGGAUGCCCCGGCCAAGCCUCGGAAAGCCAAAGACCUGCUGAAAGCCCCUCAGGUGAUCCGGAAGAUCCGAGUGGAGCAGUUCCCCGAUGCCUCUGGUAGCCUGAAGCUCUGGUGCCAGUUCUUCAACAUCCUCAGUGACUCAGUCCUGACUUGGGCCAAGGACCAGCGCCCAGUGGGUGAGGUGGGCAGGAGUGCAGGGGAUGAGGGGCCAGCGGCCCUGGCCAUCGUGCAGGCGGCCCCCAUGGACUGUGGUAUGUACCGGUGCACCAUUUCCAACGAGCAUGGCUCAGCCUCCACCGACUUCUGCCUCAGCCCUGAGGUGUUGUCUGGGUUCGUCUCCAGGGAAGAAGGUGAAGUUGGAGAAGAGAUUGAGAUGACCCCCAUGGUGUUUGCUAAGGGUCUGGCUGACUCUGGCUGCUGGGGGGACAAGCUCUUUGGGCGGCUGGUGAGCGAGGAGCUUCGAGGGGGUGGACACGGGGGUGGCCUGCGGAAGGCCUCCCAGGCCAAGGUCAUCUAUGGGCUGGAGCCCAUCUUCGAGUCUGGUCGCACGUGUGUCAUCAAGGUGUGCAGCCCACUUGUGUUCGGGCCCAGCAGCGAGACCUCCCUCCUGGGCAGAAACUACGAUGUCACCAUCCAGGGUUGCAAGAUCCAGAAUAUGAGCCGGGAGUACUGCAAAAUCUUCGCAGCUGAAGCCCGGGCAGCCCCCCACUUUGGGGAGGUGCCAGAGAUCAUCCCUCUCUACCUGAUCUACCGGCCUGCCAACACCAUCCCAUAUGCUACCCUGGAGGAGGACCUGGGGGAGUCCCUGCAGAGCUACUGCUCCCGGGAAGGGGGCUGCACAGGGGUGCCAGCUGCACCCAGCAGCUCCGAGGUUGUGCAGAAAUGCCAGGCCUUCCAACACUGGCUGUACCAGUGGACAAAUGGUAGCUUCCUCGUCACAGACUUGGCAGGGGUUAAAUGGAAGAUGACUGAUGUGCAGAUUGCUACCAAGCUGCGAGGAUACCAAGGCCUCAAGGAGAGCUGCUUCCCAACCCUGCUGGACCACUUCACCUCCUCCCACCAGUGUAACACCUACUGCGAGAUGCUGGGGCUUACAGCUCUCAAGAGCCCUGAAGCUGCCCACCCCCAGGCCAAGCCCAAAGGCUCCAAGAGUCCAUCAGCUGGUAGGAAAGGUGCCCAGCUGAGUCCACAGCCCCAGAAGAAAGGCCCCCCUAGUCCUCAGGGUGCCCGGAGAAGCACGCCAAGCCCUAGGGCCACCUCCCAGACCUUGGAGACAGCUGCUGUCCAGGUAUUAGGGCAGCCUCCCUCCCAAGAGAGGAGCUCCAAGACCCAUCGGUAGCCCCAGCAGGGGCUGGGGGCCUCCACCCAGAAGCAGACCAACCAGGAAGCAGCUUGAACCAGAUGGAGAUGUCCUCAGGACGGUGCCAGUAGAGAAGGUGUCCUGAGCAAGCACUGCUUGGGGACCCCUCUGAGCAUCUUCUCCUCCGUCAGUGCUUCCUCUGAUGACUUUGGCUGUGACACACAGCCACUGGCAUCUCCUGGUGCCGUCGUCACCCAGGGUUCCCAGGCCUCAAGCAGGGCCCACCUCCAAGUGUCUGGUGGCCUUGGCCUCUUAGAAGUUUACACGAGCCACUGCUGGAGGCCCCCGAGUCCUCUGCAUGUGUUCUCCCCCAACCCUCUCCCCCAAUCAGAUACGGUGGCCAACGCUGCCGUCUGGGGCCCAUGUCAUCCUGUCCCCUGCUCCAUCCUGGCCUCUUCCUGUUUUCAGGGCUUCAGACUCCUCUGUGGGGUCUGGCUUGCGACUCUCAGGGUGACUUCUUCCAGCUACCUGCUGUAUCACCCCAGCUCUCCUGUGCCUAGCCUGUCCUUGGGCCCAGGUGGGCCCAGGGCUCUUGCAGAGCCUGUUGUGUCCCUAAGCAUCAGUAUCUGAUGAUGCGUGUUCCUGCAUGCUCUCCCCGUCACUGUCGCUCUGGCCCUUACUCCCCUGUUUUGACCCCACAGCCUGCCCUUCCAACUCUGCUUGUCCCUGUGCCCGGGCUUGCCUGGCUCUGGCCUGCACAGUGCCCACCAGUGCCUCUGCCUUACUCCCCCCGGCUCACUUCCCUGCCCGUCCCUGGCUCUCUGCACUUGAGCUCCAGCUGGCAUGAGGGGGGUCAGAGGGAGGGAGUUGACUUUGAGGGACCUCAUACUCCAUCCUGGAAAGAGGGGGUCACACUGAAUUUCACGUCCCCCUCACAGAAGGAUGGAAGGCUGGGACUCUCCCUUGUGGGGAUCUUGGGAAGGACCCAACCCAGUCUCAAGCAUAGGAAUGGGGAAUCCUGUCUCCAACCAUUUGUUCUUGAUCUUGGGCACCUGUGCUGGGCUUCCCCAGAUGAGUUCCUGAGAAUUUUCUGUGUAGCACCUGAUGCCCUGGGUCCUUUCCCGAUGUCCCUCCCUGAGACCUGGCAUGGACAGUCUGGAGCUAGCCUGCUCCCCUUGGAUUGCAAUAAAAGCAGCGACUGUGUUUCCCA